AUGACCACGCACGACGAGUUCAGCGAAGAAUGGCGCUUCGUGGAGUACAUGGAUAUCAAGGACUGGACCUCGUCUCUGCCACUGAGAACAUUUGCUACACACCUUGCCCCGGACAAGACCAAUAUGACGGAUGAAGGAAAGUACAUCUACGUCACCCGCAAUCCGUGGGAUGUUUGCGUGUCAUUCUACCACAUGACGAGCAAUUUAAGUAUAUUUGAUUUCCAGUAUGGAACGUUCGAAGAGUUCGUGAGCACAUUCCUGAAUGGCAACUUCGGUUACGGAGACUACUUUGAACACGUAGCAUCGGGUUACGCUCUCAGGGAACAGCCGAACGUGCUCUUCGUUACGUACGAAGAAUUGAAGAAUAACACGCGAGAGAUCGUGUUGAAACUGGCGUACUUUUUGGGAGAGAAGUAUGGCCGUGUUCUCCACAAUGACGAAAUGCUGCUUCAGCAGCUCCUGCAGAGGUCACAGCCCGAUUAUAUGCGAAGCGUGGUGGUUUUAAACCUGAGCGGCAGCGCAAACCCUCAGUGGGACGAGUUCAUUACUCAAAGAAAGGCUACCUGCAAGGAACAGUACGAAGGAGACGAGAACAGGUACGCGUUAGUGAGAACGGCCAAGGUAGGAGGUUGGAAGGAGCACUUUACACCUGACCUCCUUCAUCAAAUGAAGAAGCGAAUUUUUGAGACAGAAAAGAAGUCUUCCUUCAUGGACCUUUGGAAGGACAUCCGAGCUGAAGCGAUUAAUUGUUUUGAGAGUUUUGAAUAA